CCCUAUCUCUUCGACCAACAUAACCGGGCUCGGCCCUUUGUCUCCUGCGCUUGGCCUUCUACCCCUCGCACUUGAUUACUUCAGAUUUCCAUUUGCGAUUGAACUCGAUAUCCGACCCGUCGCGAGUCCUCUUCGAGUCUAUCCCCCCAGACCGUCGCCAUGGAUCUGGCCCAGACAUUACUGCGCUCCGUGACACGGGCCUUCUACGAGACUCGUCACGUCCUCAUAAUCGAGUCGCUCAUCCUUCAUUCAGCCUUGCGGGACGACGACAUGGCCUACCUGAUGGGCAUGAAUACUAAAGACCUCCAUAAACUCUGCGGAAAGCUACGGGAAGACCGCUUGCUGGCGGUGCACACGCGACCAGAGAUAAGAGGCAAUCAGACCCGGCCGGUCAACCGAACCUACUACUACAUAGACUACCGCCACGCGAUCGAUGCUAUCAAAUGGCGCGUGUACAAGAUUGAUAAGGACAUGCAGGGCACGGCCGUUCCUGCUAAUGAACGGAAGGAAUAUUUUUGCAAUUGCUGCGGAGCUGAAUGGUCACAGCUAGAGGUGAUUGACAACGCCUCUGCAGAAGGCUUGCGGUGCCACCGCUGUAGCCAUAUCCUAAUCCACGACGCCGACCGACACUCGGUUGGGCACCAGCAGUCGACGCGAAUGAACAACCAGUUCAAGUUCAUCACCGACCUACUGCCUCAGAUCGACAGUGUCAUAAUCCCCGACAACACCUUCGAUGUCGCCUUCAGCAAGGCCCGGCCUGUGGACCGCGACGAGGCCAACCAGGUGGCGCAGAGCGUCGCAGUGGAGAUAGGGCUGAACCGCCCAACCGCCGUGAAGGGUCUCGCGAACACGGGGCCCAAGAGCAUGCAAGUCAGCAUAUCCACCGCAGAUGGGCUGACCGAGGAGGAGAAGGCGGCGGAGCGCGAGAGGAAGGAGCGUAUCGCGAAGCAGAACGCCCUUCCGAGCUGGAUGUCUAGCAGCACCGUCACCGGGGAGUCGUUUACGGGUGACGCCAAGAAGGCAUCGGAUCCCGUGGUGCCCAAGGACGAGGUAGACAGCAAGACCGGGGUCAAAAAACAGCUGCUAGAGGACAAGGACCAGGCCGACAUUGACGACUACUUUGCCCGACUCAAGGCGGAGCAGGCUGCUGAGGCGGCACGCAAAGCCGCAGAGGAGGAAGAGUUUGAGUCCAGCGAUGACGACGAGGGCGACUUUGAGGACGUCGUGGGGACCAGCACAAAGUCGGCAACUGGCACGCCCCCCAGCACAUCUGGCGCGGCAGUUGGAGCAGCCCCUGCGGUGCCGUCGCCGCUGAGGCAGUCGAGCAUGCCGCUGCAAAGUAGCCUGAAGCGCGACGCCUCAGGGAGUGGCACAAACACGGGGCCCACUUCUCCGGCGGCAGCCGGCACUCCCGGCUCGGAUGGCAGACCAGCGAAGAAGGUCAAGGUUGAGGAGCCGCCGCCGUCACCCCCGCCGCCGGACGAGGGCGAGGACGAUGAGGAUUUGGAAUUCGAGGACGUGUAAAAUAGGCGGUCAUGUGCGACAACCUUGGUUCAUUGAACAAUAAGGAGUGGCGAGGAUUUUUAUAUUCCGUGGCGUUGGCAGGUCACCAAACCCCUGACCGAAAAAGGUGGUUUGGGAAGGCGGAACCUGAAGGUAAAAGAUAGAGCAAAGGGGAAAAGGUGAGUAUUAGUGUCAUCCAGUCUCUUUUGGAAUCAUAGACAAGACUUGAUACUACAUUGGUACCGCGUAUGCCGUGGUGUGUGUCUUCGUUGCCAAGGUUCCCGUCGGUUGUGUGAGGAUCCUAAGAGCCCACCUUCCUGCUCUAUGCGCACUUCAUAUUGACAGCUUAUACCUAUAUUUAGGAACACUCCCCAGAAUUGCGUACAUACUACGCUGUCAACAGU